AUGUUCAAUGGGGCAGAAAUACCAUUAAUGGGACAUCUGAUUACAAAUGAAGGGCUCAAAACCAGUCCUGCCAAGAUUGAUGCUGUUGCAAAGAUGACCAAACCUACUGAUGUGAAGAGCAUCCAAAGAUUCAUUGGUUUUGUGACCUACUUAAGUCUGUUUCUUCCCGAUCUCUCCAACCACCUAGAACCUUUGAGACAACAAGAAUACAACUAUUUAUAUUUUAAACUUACAACCCACGGGAAAUUUGCCAUAGCAAUGAAACAAUUGGCUGAUAAAGCAAAACACACUAUGUUCAGCACAAAGAAAAAAGUUGAUUUUCACUCACUGAAUCCAAAACUAGCAAUCAAAAUCUUUGAAAGUAUUAUCUCACCAAUACUUCUCUAUAUCAUUCAGAAGUAUGGGGUGCAUUCAUUAAAAGCGAUCUUAAUAAAUGGGAUCAAUCCGAAACAGAAAAAGUUCAUUCCAGAUUCUGCAAGUUAUACUUAG